AUGUCCGUCCAAUCACCAAGUAGAGCUACAAUUUUUCCAUAUCUUCUUCCGUUUAUAGAGGACUUUAUCGACGACAUAUGGGAGCUUGAAAGGGCAAAAAGGAAAAAGGCGACCGAUAGACUUCUUCCGAAAAUAUCAGAAAAUAAUGAACUUCUUCCAAAGUUCAUUUUAGCAUUAUCAGAUCAAGGUUACCAAAGAUUUGCUGAUCCUAUCAACAAUAUUUAUCCAGACAGAGGGAGGAAAUUUUGUCAAGAAUUCUUUGAAUUUUUGAUUCAUUACAUGAAAGGAGAACUAGUUGAUAUAUUAGAACCGUUGCAAACUUGUGCAUACUUAUAUAGAAAUAGAUGUAUUGAACUCAGUGAUAAAGAAGCAAUUGAAGCAAUGCAGUACUCAAGAGGAAGAACUGCGGCAUGUCAAGAAAUGUUUCAGACCGUGAAACGUAGAAAAGAUAAUUGGGCAUUACUGCUGUUAGAAGCGAUUAAAGAAACACAGGAAUAUGUAAAGUUAAAAAUGGAUCCUUCAGCAUCUCAGGAAGAGUUAGAGAGAACUGGUAUAUUGGCACAAACCAGCGUUAUGACAGUGGAUCGACAGCUUCUAAGAAAGAGCUAUAUUGGCAAGGUUGCCAUACAAAGUGAAGCAUUUCCGACACCUUCACAUUUCUUUGAGGCAGUCUCUGAAUAG